GAUAGAUUUAGGAGAAGGCUACGUACAUCACUUCAACAUUGAUACGGUUAACAUAGGGACUUUGCUUUGGUAAAAAAAACAUACACUUCCUUUUCUACACCCCCUUUUUCAAGCAUUAUUAGUUUCAUCAUUACGCCAUGGCGCUCGUUUACGGAGUUGAAAAGAAGACCACACCCACCUACAUCAAGUACAUGAUAGGCGGUGCCUCCGGUAUGCUGGCCACCUGUCUUGUCCAGCCCUUGGAUCUGGUCAAGACCCGGAUGCAGAUGUCCGGAGCUGGCGGCGUGCGUGAGUACAAUAACUCCUUGGAAGUACUGGCUAGGGUGUUGAGACGAGAGGGCGCACCGGCCCUGUAUAAUGGCUUGAGUGCCGGACUAGUGCGACAGGCCACCUACACCACGGCCAGAAUGGGCUUCUAUCAGAUGGAGGUGGACGCGUAUCGCAAGCAGUUCGAGACCAAUCCGUCACUGGUGGCCACCAUGGCAAUGGGUGUAACGGCCGGAGCUGUGGGAGCGUUUAUCGGCAAUCCGGCCGAAUUGGCCCUCAUCCGUAUGAUGGCCGAUAACCGCUUGCCGUUGACAGAGAGACGAGCGUACAAGAACGUGGCCGAUGCCUUUGUGCGGAUCGUGAAGGAGGAGGGCGUGACCACUCUAUGGCGGGGCAGCAUGCCCACCAUGACCCGAGCCAUGGUCGUCAGCAUGGUGCAACUGACCUCGUACUCGCAGCUGAAGAUGCAGCUGAAACACUAUCUCGACGAAGGACCCAUCCUGCACGGAACCGCAGCCAUGAUGACCGGACUGCUGACCACCCUGGCCGCUAUGCCCAUCGACUUGGCCAAGACCCGCAUCCAGCAGAUGGGUCACCUUAACGGCAAACCGGAAUACAGUGGCACCUUCGACGUUCUCGCGAAGGUGGUGAAAACCGAAGGCGUUUUCGCACUCUGGAAGGGUUUUACGCCGUGUCUCUGCCGCGUGGGGCCGCAUACUGUGAUCUCGUUCCUCUUUCUCGAGCAGAUGAACAAGGCCUACAACAAGCUCUUCCGCAGCCCGGAUGCGCAGCCUGGUUCGGGUCUCUAAAGCCAAGUUCCCUGAUUAUCAAAUAUCAAAUUUUCAUGCCCAUAACCAGCUUGAAAUUGUCGCCAUAUGCCGGAUGUAUAUGCAAAAUGUAUAUGUUCUGUCUAAUAACAUUUAAUAUAAAUGUUCAUUGGAAAAGUA